GCUCGUCUUUUCAAAAAAGGAAUACAGAAGAUCCCGAUCCGCCAGCAUAUUAAAGAACUCCUCGAGGAGAACAGAUAGUGUGAUCAGAUCUGAUUCCCAGUCCGUCCAGCUUAGAUGAUGAACGAAAGAUCAAGGAUGGCCAUCACACACAGAUCUUCAUCCGUCUUCACGCCGAUGGAUCCCCUAGAUAGGAGAGAGAGUCGCUUCUGUUCCCAUUCCUCGAGCUUGCGAAAUUUCUUUUCCACAGGUGGUUAGUAUGCAGAUUGAUAGGUAGGUUGUAAUUGUAUCACAUUCUUGAAACGUGGAGAGCGACUCACUGUUUAUUUCGUUCUUGGUAAUUUUUUACCAUGCAAUCCCUGCCGCUUGUGAUUUACCACUUGUGUAACCAAUGAAACACGACGACUUCCUAUGCUAGAACAAAACGUAAUAUCUGCU